AUGGGCAACGCAGCCUCUGCCAUCUCCGGGCCCAGUGAGAGAGUUGUGGUCGCGGUGGAUGACUCGGCGAUCUCCGCCGACACCGUGUCCUGGGCGGCCAGGAACCUGCUGCAGCGCGGCCAGGAGGUGCACCUGGUGCAGGUGCUGGACUCCACCGCCUCCUCCCAGGCGGACUACAACUCUGGCGAAGGCGGCGUGCUGCCCUCUGGCGUCAAGGCGGAGGCAGACGCCACAGCCAUGGACUCCAGCCGCGCCUUCCUGGCCAAGCUGCGGGACAUGCUGCUGUCGGAGGCGGGCGUGAAGCCGGCCAAUGUGAAGAUCGUGCCGCUGCCCUCCAACACAGCCACAUCGGGCGACGUGGGGCGCACCAUCUCAGACUAUGCCGCCGCGCACAAGGCGGACGCGGUGGUGGUGGGCAGCCGCGGGCUGGGCGCCUUCCGCCGCCGCUUCAUGGGCAUGCUGGGCCUGGGCUCGGUGUCCGACUACGUGGCACACCACGCGCCGUGCACCGUGUUCAUCCACCGCGCCUGA